AUGGAGGGUGAAAACAACUAUGAUGGGUUAUCCUUUUUUGAUAAAAAUGAAUUCGAUAAUAUGAAUCGAGAAUUUUUAAGGAGCACAAUGGAUGGAAGUGCAAAUGAAGAGGAAAAAGGACUAAUACAAAAAGCAAUUAGUUUAUCAAAAAAGGGCGCAGAAAAUAUACAAAAGGGUAUAAAAAAAACGUUAGAAAAGACGAAUUUAAAUAAUGCCCCCUCAAUAGUAUCCAAUUCAACGACAGCAGAAACAGGAUCUAUGUUUUCAAAUUUUCCAUUGUUUAAUAAUCAAAAUAGAGAAAAUGAAUCGAAUUCAUUCUUUGCUUUUACUACUGUCUUAUCAUAUAAAAACUUUCCCCUUUUCUGUUUAUUAUUUGGAAUUAGUAUUAUUUUUCUUAUAUUAUCAUUUUUUACCUUACCCAUGAUUGUAAUCACACCAAGACAAUUUGGUUUUUUCUUUACUUUAUCCUCCAUAUGUUUUGUCUCGUCAUUGGCCUUUUUGAAAGGUUUCUCGAGUUUGUACUAUCAUCUGAUGGAGAAAAAUCGCCUUCCAUUUACGUCUGCCUAUAUUUUAUCCCUACUCUCGACUCUAUACUUUACCAUCAUUAAGCCAUUGUAUUUACUAGCAUUGAUUACGUCCGUUGUUCAAGUACUCGCACUUAUAUCCUUCAUAGUGUCUUACAUACCAGGGGGGUCUGGCGCAAUUAGAAUGUUGCUAAGUGCUAUGUUCACGUAUAUCAAAAACUUAUUUAGAAGAAAUAAUUCAUCAGACUUGCCAUUUUAA